AUGGAGAACUCCUCCCUCCCUGAGACCCAUUCAUCAUGUGCAGACUGCACUGAGAGAGGGGAUGGCAGUCAGAAUAUGUCCACUCCCUCACUGAGCACCAUCUUCUACGUCACGGUACCUGUCGUCUACUCAGUCAUCUGUGCCGUGGGGCUGACAGGCAACACCGCCGUCAUCUAUGUAAUCCUCAAAGCCCCGAAAAUGAAAACGGUCACCAACAUUUUCAUUCUCAACCUGGCCAUUGCUGAUGAGCUCUUUACCUUGGUGCUACCCAUCAACAUUGCUGACUACCUGCUCCUGCAGUGGCCCUUUGGAGAGUUCAUGUGCAAGCUCAUCAUCUCCAUAGACCAGUACAACACCUUCUCCAGCAUCUACUUCCUCACUGUCAUGAGCAUUGACCGCUACCUGGUUGUGGUGGCCACCACCAAGUCCAGGAAGAUGUCCUACCGCACCUACCGAGCAGCCAAGAUUGUGAGCCUCUGUGUCUGGUCCUUCGUCACAGUCAUCAUCCUGCCCUUCACUGUCUUUGCUAAGAUACACAAGGAGCAGGGGCGCUCCCAGUGCGUCUUCGUGUUCCCCCACCCUGAGAGCGUGUGGUGGAAAGGCAGUCGGAUCUACACCCUUAUUUUAGGCUUUGCCAUCCCAGUGUCCACCAUCUGCAUCCUCUACACCACCAUGCUGUGCAGAUUGAGACGUGUGCACCUCCAUUGCAAUGCAAAAGCCCUGGAUAAAGCCAAAAAAAAGGUGACGCUGAUGGUGGUUGUCAUCCUGGCUGUGUGCCUCCUCUGCUGGACGCCCUAUCACCUUAGCACAGUGGUGGCCCUCACCGCAGACAUCCCGCAAACUCCACUCAUCAUUGGGAUUUCCUACUUCAUCACUAGCUUGAGUUACGCCAACAGCUGCUUCAACCCUUUCCUGUAUGCCUUUCUGGAUGACAGUUUCCGGAAGAGCUUUCGCAAACUGAUGGAUUGCAGAACCACCUCAUAA